GUUUCCUCUACCUCCUUCUCAGUUACGUUUACAACAUCCUAGCUGGCAGAGAUACUCCAGGCUUCCCUGCGGUGGGUGGAACCUCUGAUCUUCCUCCCUGCCUUCCACCGAUCUUGCGGUGAGGAGGUUGUGUCGAGGGUUUAGCCGUACCUUAAAAUCACGUCCAUUUCUUACAUUCGCCUGCUAAACUCGGUCGCUGAAAGGACUCUAAAAAUCUGGGGGGCAUUGUGGAAACCAACUUGUCGGCGAGUAUCUUCUUAGUAAUCUGAAUAGCACCGUGCCUGCAAAAGGAUUCUAAAGAUUUAGAGGGCAAUUAGGCACCGUGGAAACCAACGUGUCGCCUCCCAACCUGGACGAUGAGCAAAUCCCGCUUUGCGCUGGAGACGGAUGAUGGCCCUGUGGAGGAUCUGAACGCAGCCACGAAGGGGACAGCUGGGGCGGAGCAUGGACUGCCCCCCUUGGAGACCCCUUUCCAGAAGGAAGCCCCUCCCUCCCCCCAGAUCCGGGUGAAUCUGAAUUACCGGCCAGGACUCGUCCCACCGGAUGAUCCAAAUCGCUUCGACAGGGACCGCAUUUUUCAAGCUGUGGUUGCAGGAGACCCUGAACGGCUUAACGGCCUGAGCGAUUAUCUUCAGAGAACGUCCAGCUUUCUCACCGACACUAAAUUUAGAGAUGGGAAGACGGGGAAGACCUGUUUGAUGAAGGCCUUGCUCCAUUUGAAAGAUGGACACAACCCCACUAUCCCUUUGCUCCUGGAGAUAGACAAGGAGACAGACAACCCCAAGUCUUUGGUCAACACCGCUUGCACUGACAGCUACUACAAGGGCCACACAGCCCUCCACAUUGCCAUUGAGAAGAGAAACUUAGAUCUGGUGAAGAUCCUGGUGCAGAACGAGGCUGAUGUCCACAUCAAAGCUUCCGGCCAUUUCUUCCAGCCGCACCGCAAAGGGACCUUUUAUUUUGGUGAACUUCCUCUCUCCUUGGCUGCUUGUACCAACCAGCCAGAAGUGGUCAUGUAUCUUCUGGAUAACGAAUACCAGAAGGCCAGGCUGACCGAGCAGGAUUCCAUGGGCAACACCGUCCUCCAUGCGCUGGUGAUGGUGGCCAACGAUACGGAGAAGAACACUGAGCUCGUGGUCAACAUGUACGAUAUGAUCCUGAUGAAAGGCGCCGAGAUUGACCCUUCCUGCAAAUUGGAAGAGAUUGUCAACAAGAAACAGCUGACUCCUUUGAAGCUGGCUGCCAAGACCGGGAAAGUCGAGAUCUUGAAGCACAUGCUCCACCGAGAGAUGAAGGACCCCAAGUUCCAGCACCUUUCGCGGAAGUUCACCGAGUGGACCUAUGGUCCCAUCCACAUCUCUCUCUACGACCUAACCUCCAUCGAUAGCUUUGAGGAGAAUUCAAUGCUGGAGAUCCUGGCCUACAGCAGCAACACUCCAAACCGAUAUAAAAUGGUGGCCCUGGAGCCUGUGAACCAGCUACUUCAGUACAAGUGGGAAUCCUUCAGUAGGAAAAGGUUUUUCUUCAGUUUAUUCCUCCACCUGAUUUUCAUGCUCAUCUACACAGGCACUGCUUAUUACCGGCCUCUAAAUGGUGAGCCUCUUGUUCCAACAACGGUGACAUUCCCAAAGUUAUUAAGACUUAUUGGAGCUGUGGUCAUUUUAAUUGGUGGCAUUUAUCUCUUCAUUGCUCAGAGUUUUUACUUCUGGAGACGGCGCUUCUCUUGGAAAAGUCUUCUAGUGGACAGUUGCUUCGAAAUAUUCCUGUUCGUGCAGGCCCUCGCCAUCCUGGCCGCCUCCGUGAUGUUCUUUGCGAGCAUGGAAACAUAUGUGCUGCCCAUGGUGUUCGCCUUGCUUUUGGGUUGGGUGAACAUGCUCUACUACACCCGUGGCCUCCAGCAGACGGGGAUCUAUAUCGUGAUGAUUCAGAAGGCCAUCUUGAGGGACCUCCUGCACUUCCUGAUGGUUUAUGUGAUCUUCCUGUUUGGCUUUGCAACGGCUCUCAUCGUUCUCACCGGGGGCGCUUCCCACUCCGCCCGCAACGCGUCUGUCCCGCUCAACGACGACUCCAAAGACCAGGCCGUCUAUUCGGGGCUAUUUCAGACGGCUCUGCUGCUCUUCAGGUUCACCAUCGGCAUGGGCGACCUGGAGUACAACGAGAAUGUGAAGUACAGCGACUUUGCGAUGCUGUUGGUCCUCCUGUUUGUCAUCUUGACCUACAUCCUCUUGCUCAACAUGCUGAUUGCCCUGAUGAGUGAAACAGUCACCAAUGUCUCUGGCUACAGCCAGAGUGUCUGGCAGCUACAGAGAGCCAUCGCUAUUCUGGAGAUCGAGAGGAACUGGAUCUGGUGCUGGAGAAAGGCCCAGAGAGCCGGCUCUUAUCUCCCCAUCGGCUCUGAGGACAAGAGGUGGUUUUUUCGCGUAGAAGAAGUCAACUGGGAAGACUGGAAUGAAAAAAUCGAUACCCUCAGAGAAGACCCCGUGGGAUUCAACCUUCUGGAGAAGGAUUCCUCUUCGGAGUCGAAACUACGGGACUGGUUGGCUCGGGCAAAGUCGCGCUUCUCUUCACUGGUGGAGGAAGAGGAAGAGCAGGAAGAAAGGGUGUCGCUGCAUAACUUGAGACCCUAGGAGGAGAGGAAUCGCGCUCCCCCCCCCCGGUCCCCAAGGAAGGAGGGACAGACAGAGGGGUGUCUCAGCCACGAAAGGACCCACCUCAACUCUGCUCUCCAGGGAAAAGAGAGGGUGGGAUUUGGUGCCUUUGGGAAGGAUUCGGCCCCACCUCCAUUUAUGCAGCUCAUAGGUUGUCUGAGAGGAAAAGCCAGAUGUUUAGCACUUCUUCUUCUUCUUCUCCUCCUCCUCCUCCUCCU